GAAUUGUGUGUGUGGGUGGUGGGGGGUGAUGAGAGAGAAACUGAGACAAGAGACAAAACAACCUUAACAUUGUAAGAGGAUGAAGGUGGUCGGAGAGAGGGUCAUCUGAGACACCUCUCUAAGGGAGCAAUUGAGCCAAACAUUCAAUAUUCCAUAUAUCAAAUCGUUGAAUCUUUUGCUUCCUUUAUCUGAUUCCCUGUCUCAGUUUACCCCCCCCACCUAUCACCACCAACUUGCAUUAGAUUUCAUCAUCAAUCAUUCUUGAUCGUUCUCUUACAUCCAACAAAGGGCAUCUUUUCCUACACCCUUUUCUCCCAUUUGCAUGCCCCAGCCCCCAUUGGUGGGAGAUCAUUUGGGAGGAAGAUCGUGAGCCGGGUAUGCCGUUGUUGAGCAAAAGGUUGUAAGGAAAAGAUUGAAUAGAAAAUGAGAGACCCUCAAAUGAUCUUUGGACCCAAGAGCUUUUGAUUGUAAUAUACAAGUUUUGUCUAGUUAGUGAAAUUUCCUCAGCUUCAUCCACAUAGGUGGAAGGGUUUCUAUGUACAGAAAAAACCUUCCUAUUUUGUACAUAUGAUAUGUACUGCUCAUAACGACAUAUAGGUCUUGUCUCUACCAAAGCGACAUUGCCUUCAUAUAUCAAUGGAAAGCAUAUGGGGCCCAUAUGGAUUGUGGCUCAGAAUUUAUGUUGGAUUGAUUUCUCUAUGGGGAACUCAACAUUGUUUGUCUCUAAACGAUGAAGGAUUAUCCUUGUUGGAAUUUCGGGGAAGAAUAACUUGUGAUCCUUUUCAUGCUCUGUCAAAUUGGAAUCCAAAUGAUUGUAAUCCUUGCCAGUGGUAUGGUGUUCGUUGUGUAGGUGGUAAAGUGCGAAUGCUGGUCCUACCUGAACUAUAUUUGGAAGGCACAUUGGCUCCUGAGCUUGGGAAACUUAGUCAUCUAAAAUCCCUUAUAUUAUACAAGAACAGUUUUUCUGGUACUAUUCCCGAAGAACUUGGUGAUCUAGACAAGCUGGAGUUAUUGGAUUUAAGGGGGAAUAACAUGACUGGAUGUGUCUCAGCAGAAAUUGGCCAUUUGUUGUUGUCAGAACAAUUGUUCAUUUGUGACAAGAAAUGUGAAAGCAGUGAUUCUCAAGGGAUUGGAAAGCUCAGAUUGCCCUGUAGUAUCAAUCUUUCAACUCGUUUGACAACUUCAUUGCUUGGAAAGAACCGAAAGGUUGCACCCAGUAUACAACAACAUGGCGUGAAAAUUUUAUGGCACAGAAAUUAUAAGCAAUGGAAUGGGGCAGAUUCAUCUUUUAUUCCACUUAAAGGAGCACUAAAAAAAUACGCCAAUGCUGUCUUUGCUAUGGCACUUCCACUGCUCAAGCUAGUAAAGGCCACCCCUCAUGCCCAUGCAGAGAAAUGGUGUGGCAUUCUGACUGGCUCUGAUGAUUCAGAGAUUGACCAGAAUGUAGAAAAUGUAGUCAAUUCAGCACGACGGAAGUUGCUUGAUCAGUCUAGUAACCUUGCAGCUGCACCUUUCAGUGGUGGGCCUACUAUACAGAUCAGUUAUAUUCCAAUUACCCAGAGCAGUGGAGCUUUUCCAGCCUUCCCAGACACCAAUAAGCAACAGAAUCAGUCACCUGGACAAUUGCCUUCAACUUCUAAUUUGACACCUACGAAUCAAACAAGUCAACCAAGUUCAGCUAAUGUUGCUUCUGGAAAAUUAUGGGAGUAUAUUAUUAUAAUAGCAGGUGUAGCUGUCUUGGUCAUUAUUGUUUUGAUCAUGCUUUGCGUUUGGCGAAAACGAGCAGCAAAAGUAAUAAAGCCAUGGAAAACAGGAAUAAGUGGACAGCUGCAGAAAGCAUUUAUAACAGGGGUCCCCAAGUUGAAUCAGGCAGAGCUGGAAACAGCCUGUGAAGAUUUCAGCAAUAUUAUUAAUACUUUUGAUGAAUGCACCAUAUAUAAGGGAACACUAUCCAGUGGAGUCGAGAUUGCUGUUGAUUCAACUAUUGUUACUUCGGCCCGUGAUUGGUCAAAGACAAUGGAGACGGCCUAUCGCAAAAAGAUUGCCACAUUAUCCCGUGUUAACCAUAAGAACUUUACCAAUCUUAUUGGGUACUGUGAUGAAGAAGAACCAUUCACCAGGAUGAUGGUAUUUGAGUAUGCUCCGAAUGGAAGCUUAUUUGAGCAUCUGCAUGUUAAGGAAGUUGAACCUCUUGACUGGAGCGCAAGAAUGAGGGUUAUUAUGGGCACAUCAUAUUGUCUUCAGUAUAUGCACCAUGAUCUGAAUCCACCAGUAGCUCAUUCCAACCUCAAUUCCGUUGCUAUAUUGUUGACAGAUGACUUUGCUGCUAAGAUAUCAGAAAUAGCUUUUGGCAAGAAUGUGUCAUCACAAGCCAACACACCUGGACAUGAGUCACAGAAAUGUGACUUGCCACCCCAUGCUGAUCCUGAAACCGAUGUCUAUAACUUUGGAGUGUUGUUGCUUGAAAUCAUUUCCGGAAAACUACCAUACUCUGAAGAACAUGGCCACAUUACUGACUGGGCUGCUGAGCACUUGAAUAAUAAGCAAAGCGUCAGCAAUCUGAUUGAUCCCUCGUUGGAAUCCUUCAAAGAAGAAGAACUUGAUGUCAUCUGUGAGGUGAUCAAAGAAUGUCUUCAAUCUGAUGCAAGGCUAAGACCAACGAUGAAGGACAUAGCUCCCAGAUUGAGGGAAGUGCUGCAUGUAUCACCUGAGCAAGCUGUCCCUAGACUCUCUCCCCUCUGGUGGGCUGAACUGGAGAUCUUAUCAUUGGAGACCUCUUAAAGUUCUACCUCGCUCUCAUCUCUGUGCUGCAUGCCAAGUCUCUAUGGCCAACCUUUAACAUGUUGCUACCAGAGUAAACCUUUUGGAUAAUGCUGUGGUAUUUGCUGCUCAAAUUCUUUAAUUCUAUUUGUUCUUUUAUAAGUUCUUAUGAUUAAUACCAUAGCAAUUCUUGUCCCAAUGGAAGAGUGUUGUCAUUUUAAGGUGGGUUGUUGUAAAUUGUACUUUUGUUGAUGAAGAUUGGGAUGUAAAAAGUGUUGGCAAUAUUAAUAUAAGUUCCAAUGAA